AUGACAAUGCUGAUGCCGUCAGGAGGGGCCAACUACCCCAUCGCCUCUCUCUACGUGGGAGACCUUCAUUCGGACGUGAACGAGGCCAUGCUGUUCGAGAAAUUCAACCAGGCCGGACGAGUUCUGUCCAUUCGCGUCUGCCGAGACGUUAUCACUCGUCGCUCGCUGGGGUAUGCCUACGUCAACUUCGAGAAACCAGCCUACGCUGAGAGGGCCCUGGACACCAUGAACUUUGACAGUCUGAAGGGUCGUCCGAUGAGAAUCAUGUGGUCCCAGCGAGACCCCGCCCUACGUCGCUCGGGCGUCGGAAACAUCUUCAUCAAGAACUUGGACAAGGGGAUCGACAACAAGGCCUUGUACGACACAUUCAGCGCCUUUGGCAACAUCCUUUCAUGCAAAGUGGUCUACGAUGGGAACGGGAUGUUUGUAGGGAAGUUCAUUAGUCGGAAGGACAGACUGCGAGAUUUUGGACACGACCAGCGGUUCACCAACGUCUACGUCAAGAACUUUGGCGAAGAGUUCGACGACGAGCAGCUGUUUAACAUGUUUGGCAAGUUUGGCAAGAUUCUGAGUUCAAAGGUCAUGAUGGACCUAGGCUCUGGCAGGAGUCGCGGGUUUGGGUUUGUGAGUUUUGACAGCCAUGAGGCGGCGAUGAAGGCGGUCGACGAUUUAAACGGCGCCGCGAUCAACGGACACGUCAUCUACUGCGGCCGGGCCCAAAAGAGAAAGGAGAGACAGGCCGAGCUACAGAGGAGGUUUGAAGCGGAGAAGAUGGAGCGAUACAGCAAGUACCAGGGAGUCAACCUUUACGUCAAGAACCUCGAAGACGAGGUGGACGACGAGAGAUUGCGCAAGGAGUUCUCCAAAUUUGGAAACAUCACGAGUGCAAAGAUCAUGUCAGACGAGGUGGGCGUGUCAAAGGGGUUUGGUUUCGUCUGUUUCUCGUCUCCGGAGGAAGCCACGAAGGCAGUGACGGAGAUGAACGGACGGAUAAUCGUCUCGAAGCCUCUCUAUGUUGCUCUGGCGCAGCGCAAGGAAGAGAGACAGGCUCACCUUGCAAACCUCCGACUGCAGAGAAUUGCUCGCACCGGCAUGCCUCCUAACCAGAUCCAGGUGUUCCCUCAGAUGUACAUUGCCCAACCUCCAGGCCAGCGAGCGUUCUACCCUCACCAGACCUUUGCAGCCACGCGACCGUGGCACCAGAACCAGAUGCAGGGGGUCCGGGCUCCAUUCUACGGAGGAGGCGGAGGAGGGCCCUCCAGGAACCGGCCGGUCGGGCCGCGAGGUGGCAUGAACAUGGGGGCACGGAUGAACGCACCUCGCAUGCCUAACCAGCGACUCAACCAACAGCCAAUGGGCGGGCAGAGGGUAAAGUUCACGUCAAGUGCCCGCAACCCCCCUGGCCCGCCACCGCAGACCCAAGUACCACAGACUCAGCCGGAUGUUGCCCCCGAGAACCACCCGUCCCAGACCCUCUUAGCCUCUCUCGCCCAGGCCACCACACAGCAACAGAAACAGAUCAUCGGGGAACACCUCUACCGCGAGAUAUACUCCAUGCAUGCUGACCUGGCCGGGAAAAUCACAGGCAUGUUGUUGGAGAUGGACAACUCGGAGCUGCUGCACAUGCUUGAGGUGCCGGAGAGCCUGAAGAGUAAGGUGGAAGAGGCCGUCACCGUUCUCCGCGAUCACCAGACAAAGGAACAAGACGGGCAACAGGUCCCGGGAGUAGGUGGUAUGCAGGCAACUGUCCCUCUCGCUCCGAUAGAGGCUUGAGGAGGCUCAUCUGGCACGGAGAAUCAGAGGAGCUGAACUAAUAGACUAUGAGACUGUAGAUAUAAUAGUGUAUACUACUACUGUAGCUAAAUCUGCCUCAACUGCUGCUUAGGGAGCUAAGAUUCCUGUAACGUCUUCCCCCAAAAUAAUUAUAAAAAUUAAAUUGUCUUUCUGCACGCAGUUAACUCAGACUAUAUAUAACACUAGAUGCGAGGGAGCUGACGUUAAUCAAAAUUAUUGUUUAGUGACUUUUUCAUUGAAAAAAUUUGAUGAAAUUAUGACUGUGCUCAGAAAAUUUGAUAUGUUGGGAAAAGGGUGGUACGGAGAGGGGGAAUAUGACCCUAAGAAAGCACGUCCAGAUUUCGAUAUUGCUUUCUCAGCAUAGACACACUGUCUUUAAAUAGAACAGGGUCGAAACGAACGGAUGAGUUGGUGAGAGGCAUGUAGCCAAAAGCGGUGACCAGCAUGUUGAGACAAGGAACCUGCAAACGAUCAAAUCUCGUGGCUUUUUCUGCGUCGUUGCCGUCAGCAGUCAUUUUCUGGUGUAGUUUCAGUCGGUGGGUGGCUUUAAUUGGAGGUUUCCGUGUGACGUGUGCGACGUAGAAGUUGAGAAUGAGGUUUGUGCAGUCGUGUUCCGUGGACGAUAUUCUGGAGAGAGUCUGAGGUAAUGAGUUAGCCAGAGCAUGGCUGUAGUACCUGGGGGAAUGUG